AGUAUCGUUAUCACUGAGCCCAGUCGCUGUUCGACGGUCGAGCAGCGCGCUGGCUGGAAAUUGUGUCGCUGCUGUCUACGCUGGCUGAAGUUUUGCGGAGAUCGCGAUCUGGUAUUUCUUCUGCGGCCUUUCCCGGCUCGUGACCGAUCGCGUUUGCUUUAUAGAAAGUGAAACUGCAUUGUUGAGGCGUGAUUGUAAAUUGUGCAAGGAUCACUAACUUUGUGCUAACUUUAGUGAAGUGGAACCUACUGAAAGUGACACAAACUCACCCGGGACUCGUUUCGAUAUCUGAUCAGUUUUUUUCCGGAAAACUGCGUCUAGAUUAUUGGAGCGCUGUUUAAUUUUCUGUAAACGGUAUUCCACGCCUUGGGAACAAGACGUGAUAACUACGUUGGAAAUACAUUCAAAUGUCUUCGAAAGUGAGUUUGUUUGCAUAACCGACUUGAAAAUCGGAUUCAGAGCAAAGAACGACUGUCAGGUGGUGUACUGAAAUGUGAAUUUUGUGUUUAAAGUGAUAAAAUCGAACUUUGUUUGAGUGUAAAUUUUGUUUAUAUCUCGAUGAAGUUUCACGUGUAACUUGACGCUUAUUGCAACUGCGUUUCGGAAAAUCUCUAGCCAUGGAGACGGAAGAGCUCACGAAACUCGUCGACGGGAUAUACAAGAAUAUCCUGGACAAGUUCAACCCGGGCGCUCGACAGAUGAUCACGGCGGGGAAGGCCUACUUAAAAGCUUUACAUGGGGCAGCAGCGGCUUCUCGGCUGUACGUCGACGCGGUGGGCAAGCUGGGCAGACAGGCUCAGCAGGGCACGUGGGGAGGAUGUGCCGAUAUCGGAACGGCGCUUAUGAAAGUAGUCGAAGUUUACAGAGAAAUACAAGACCAACAAAUGAACAUCCUGAAGGCGUUCUACGUGGAUUUGCUGGUUCCCUUGGAAACUAAUCUGGAAAAAGAUACAAAAGUAGUACAGUCGGAACAGAAACGCUUCCUGCAACAACACAAACUGCGCUCAGAGAGCUACAGCAAAGCGGCGGCGACUAUCAAAAAACAGAGAAAGAAGAAAACCAAUGUCACGAAAGUUGGCUCUGCGAUGGACAAGGAAAUGAAGAACAUGCAAAUAUUAGAAGAAGAAAAAACGAAACUGGACGCGUUCUGCGAACAAAGUUUGAAGAAUGCAAUGACCCAAGAGCGUCGCCGCUACGGCUUUGUUCUGGAGCGUCAGUGUUCCCUCGCGAAGCACUGGCUAGCUUACCAUGCAGCUGGCGCGGCUUCAUACAAUAGCGGGUUAGAAGAAUGGCUCGAAGUAUCCAGGACUAGGGAGUUCCUGCCGCCUAAUGUGGAAGCAAUGUUUGUCAGCAGGAUGAGGCAAGUAUCCUUCUGGGCCGAUGAAGAAGUAUACGCGAGCCCUCGCGCCGGAGACGACGAUGACCGAGCAUCUGUCGGCUCAGCUCUAAGGAAGACCCGCUCCGUGGACGCUUCCUGCCUGGACGUCAGGUCCAUCGGGGACCUGGGGUCUCCCGCCCAGGGACUGUCCAGGGCUAAAUCCGAUUUCAAUCUGCAAGCUAGCUUGCAUACUGGAGAACAAGAUCCUGAUGCCCGUGCAGCGACCCGUCCAUCUUCCCUCGCCCCGCCAUCUUGCACCACUCGCGAGCCGCCUUUGGCCAGGGCUCUCUAUGCAUAUGCAGCAGCCGGCGACAACCAGCUUAGUUUCCAACAGGGAGACGUUUUGGCUCUCCUAGGAGAGAGAACCAAGGGGUGGCAGUAUGGAGAAAAUUUGCGCACCCAUCACGCUGGAUGGUUCCCUCUGGCUUACACUGAACCGAUUGCUAAUGAUGAAAAUCCGGUCAGUUCACCAGCGCGUUGGAGUUGUGCCCAGACCCCGAACGAAGGACCGCCGCCAGCACCGGUGGCCCACGCGCAGACCACGCCGAGCACUCCGUCGGUGCACGCACAUCAUCCACCAGCUCGAAUGUUCGGAGACACGGUCACUGCACACCAUGUCAAUAAAGGCCGCCUGGGUAGCAGUUCUCCAGGGCUACCACCAACACUGCCAGCACCGUCGCCAAGCGUGCUUAGCUCCUCAGCCAGCGCCACCUUCCACACGUCAACUCCAGCUGCUAGCACUACUGCCAUCAAAAACUCCACCUCUGCUGCCAGCUUCACCACCCAUGCAGUCAUCGAAACUAGAAGCUUCGGACCGCAAACUUUACCGAUGCGUUCACAGGUUGCUCAAAAUAAAGCAGGCCCACCUAAAACUGUGGUGUCAGCUGUUGGUGCAGUUGGAAAUGUUUCUCUGCACAGCUCCAAUGACUCGGGUUUCUCCAACGAGCCCCCGCCUCAGCCCGACGUGGACUACAGUGAUGAAGAAGCACAGCGAUUGCGAGUGCCUAUCAGUAAAUCUGCUCAGUCUAUGAACGACCAUAAAGCCUACUUACUAAAAACUCAAAGCUUGAAACGGGGCCCAAAACCAACCAAUGUCAAUGGAUAUCUGACCGAUGAUCAACAAUUGAUGCUCCGUAAUAUGCUCGAUAUGGACCAAGAUUCUCAAAAGGUGAAAAGAACAAAAUCGUUCUGGAAAUUUGGACGUACAACUUCUGAAGAAAUAAUGGAGGGCAUGUCUCUUUGGCAGCAUCGCGAUAUUGUUGAUACUCAUCCAGAAUUCAAGAAAAAACUUUUUGUCAAAAUGAAGAAAGAACUACGUCCCGCACCAGAUGUGCCCGACAUCAAGAAACAACCAAGUCCUGAAAAGACAAUACAAAAUCAAAAUGUUCAAACACGCCCCAAAGAAACGAUUGAUAGGAAAGAAUUAAAGAUGAAUGGCAUACGUCAAGCUAAAAGUUUAGGAUCGAUACAGAAUGGUGAACAAACAGAAAAAGAAAGAAAAACAAAUGAAAAUUAUCGACAGAAUCAGGCCAUGAAAAAGAAGAGUACGUCAGAAAAAUCCAUUGCUGAAGAAAAACACGAAGAAUUUAUUCCAAGAAAUGAAUCAAGACAUUCCGAUUUGACAAAUACGAGCACAAUAAAAACCAAUUUCGAAAACAGCUUUUACAAUGAUGAAAAUGGAGAUGGAUUUGUCAUGAAAACCGUUAAACGCAGAGAAAUAUUACAGAGAUACGAUAAUGACAGCACCUCUGAUGCCAACUCUGUUGCAUCGAGUACAGAUCCGUAUGACUGUAUCAUAGUAGAUGAUCACAUGACAUCUAAAAAGCAACAAGAGCUUGACCGACGUCGUCAAGCCCAAUUGCUUAAUGAGGAUGUAAAAAUUCGCAAGGAAAAUGCUUACAUGCCAGAGUUUGAGGAAAUUGAAGUAACGCCAAUCAAACCACACAUUCGUACUACGUUGUCACCUGAACAAGUUGCAAAGAGUCCAUCCCAUGAUCGUUCUCCACCUAAAACAAUGGAAUUCAAAACAUUCAAGGACAAUUCGAAAGACAUAAAAACAUUUUCAGCCUCAUCUGAAACUCUGAAGUACAAAGAUAAUGACCCUCAAACCGACCGGUAUGGAAUACCUACCGAACGCAAUAAUAACGAAAUACGAAAUGAAGACAAAUACAAUGGACACGAUGAGGGAACAUUAAAAUAUAAGAAACGAUCAAGCAAAGAAGAGAAAAUGAGGCAACAAGCUUUUGAUAAUGUAAAGAACCACAAAAAAGACUAUCCGCAAGCUGAAACAAGAAGUCCAAAGAAAGCUAGAAGACCUUAUGAAAAUAGAGAGCCACGGAUUGACUAUUCUUUGGAUAGACGCCAUAUGAGAAAAGAUAGAGCAGAUCCUCGAGCUAGAAAUAGGAGUUAUGAUGACAGCUCAUUGCCAUAUAAUGGUCGUAGAGACGAGAGAUACUACGAGUCUAAUAUAUCUUACUUUAGCGACCAGGAAAGACGAGUUUCUCGUUAUGACUAUGAAACAGAUUCAAAAAAAGCUGAAAAAUCAAAAAUAAGGCAAGAAGAAGCAAGGUUGGAAGCCAGGCGUUUCAUAGACCGGCGAAGUGAGGGGCCGUACAGUGAAUCAGAUGACCAGAAGUACAACGAAGCCAUGAAACAACAAAGGCCACAAUUGUUACCCCGUACUAAGCUCUUGAAGAGAACAGCCGAUGGAAACGAGUUGCCUGAAGACGGUCACACCUUUGGACCGUGGUAUGAUUUGUGGGGUCGAGAAACUGCUGUCUACAAAUAGUGUAAGAGGCCGCAGCAAUUCGCGACGGUGAAACUUCGGAAGGCGCUAACCAACGAUCGCUCAUCCCCAGCCAUCGAGUAAUGUUUAUUUUGUUAAUUAAUGUUAAAUGUAAAUUAGAAACACCAUGUAUUUUGUACAGUUAAAUAUUCAUAGUUUAACAAAGAAUAUAUCACAAUUUUUACAAUAAUCCAAAA